AUGGUGACGGCGACAACAACCCAAAUCCCAUUCAACCCGAAAGCGAUCUUCGCACCCCAAUUAUUCACUCCCUCCUUUAAAAGCACCUUCAUCUUCCUUCUUCACUACUACUUUCCACUAAUCCACCAACAUGGCAACGUUUCGGCUGAACCGAAACGCCCCGAUUUCCGCCCCGAUAUAUCGAUCUCCCCGGCGACGGCGACCCACGACGGCCUCGAGUUCUGGAAGUUCAUGAUCGCCGGCUCAGUCGCCGGCAUCAUCGAGCACACCGCCAUGUUCCCCGUCGACACCCUCAAGACCCGCAUGCAAACCCUAGUUGGACUUCGGCCCAUCGGCGUCCGGCAAGCCCUAAACUCCAUUUGGAAGCUGGAAGGCCCGUCUGUCCUCUACAGAGGAAUCGGAGCAAUGGGCCUCGGCGCCGGUCCGGCCCAUGCCGUCUACUUCUCCGUCUACGAGCACUGCAAACGCAUCUUCUCAGGCGAGAAUCCGAAUAACACCUUGGCUCAUGCAAUUUCCGGGGUUUUCGCGACGGUGGCGAGCGACGCCGUGAUAACGCCGAUGGACGUGGUGAAACAGAGGCUGCAGCUGAAGAGCAGUCCGUACAGGGGCGUUGGGGACUGCGUUAGGAGGGUUUUGGUGGAGGAAGGUGUUGGGGCGUUCUACGCCUCGUACAGGACGACGGUGGUGAUGAACGCGCCAUACACGGCAGUUCAUUUCGCGGCGUACGAGGCAGCCAAGAGGGCGUUAACGGAGGUCAUCUCACCAGAGAGCGUCAGUGAUGAGAAGUUGGUGGUUCACGCCACCGCCGGGGCGGUGGCCGGGGCAUUGGCGGCCGCCGUGACCACGCCGCUCGAUGUGGUCAAGACUCAACUGCAGUGUCAGGGUGUGUGUGGUUGUCAUAGAUUUUCAAGCAGUUCGAUUGGAGAUGUUACUCGGAGCAUCGUGAUAAAGGAUGGAUAUCAGGGCCUCAUGAGAGGUUGGAUCCCCAGGAUUCUUUUCCAUGCGCCGGCUGCUGCAAUUUGCUGGUCUACUUAUGAAGCAACAAAAGCCUUCUUUCAACAACUUAAUGAAAGCGACCACAUCCAGUGAAGUGAUUCAAAUGUUGCAUAACCAUAACUCUUCAAUCAAGGUGAUGAAGUGGGAUGAAGUUGAUCCGCAUAGCAUCAAUAAUUUAUUAUGCUUCUCUGUUCUGGCCCUUUUGUGGCGAUCACUCGCUCACCUAGGACGACGGGAAAAAGAAAAUAAUUCAUGCUUCCAUGGUCCAAAAUGUUGUGACAGGAACUAAAAAUAUUUUGGCUGGUCAUUAAAAUCCGAGUUCAGAUUAGCAUUUGGUCGUUUGUAAAUAGUUCUGAGGCAAUGGCCCCCUGGUGAUAUCCAUCCACAUCUUCAGUACUUGUCUAUAAUGUUAACCAUGUUGGAAACGUUUCUUUAAUUUUGAAUAAAUUAAUAAAUGUUUUAAUUUUAAAUUUAAAAAAAAUUAAAAAAAAAAACCAUUUCAGUUAUAUUUUCCUAAAAGUGAAGGGUCACAUCCUUUGGUGAAAUAACGUCCCAUCUGUUAGGUAUUUGUCUUCUUUGAUGGGAAGAAGACAUCAGGAAAAAAAAAAAAAAAAAAACAUAACGUUAAA